UAUGAUAGAGUCUGUAGAUGCAGAGGCUGCAGGUCCUGGGGUCAAGCAGGAGAGGUCUGAAGGAGAGGAGGACCCACGGCACAGCAGAGACACCCAGACUCAAGCGGCUGUAGAGCCCCAUGUAGCCACAAAGGACCCCACCACCGCCCCAGUGCCGCCCAGCACCCGACGCAGAAUCACGGAGGUCAGUGGAACGCAGAACGCCGUCCUCAAGUCAGAGACAGACACGGAUACUUUAACUGUAACACACAGGCUCUUACAGACAGGAUCUGACCACAGAUCAGACCCAGAGAGACUGGGGCUGAGGAGACUGGGCUGUCCUCCUGCUACCAGCUCAGAAUACUUACCGGUAUUUCACCAGAGCCAGAGGAUGGUUAAUUCCUGUGGAGAUGGUGAUGGUGAUACGUUAGACACUGGCGGUGAUGAUCUGUCAUGUUCUUACACUACAGAGAUGGACCCUGGCAACAUGCCCUUGGAUUUAGAGACACAGACUGAUCUGUCUAGAGGGGACUGGAACCGGUACAGUAGUAGUGUAUACUCUGAAGGGUGCCUAGAUAAGAAAGGGGAGGGUCUGGUCAUAGAUGAAGUGACUGUGAAAGUGGAGGGCGACGCUCCUCCCACAUGGAAUGCAGAUAGUCACCUAGGAGACGGACACUCACAGGGCAGAGAUUUCUUAGAUUACAGGAAAAGCUUAGAGAAAAAUCAAAAUGUCACGACCCACUCCCCUUUACACACACUCAGGGAUCAUGAGCCAGUGUCCACGUUGAUUGGACCUUCCGAUUUACACGAUUGCGUCCUUUUCGAUCAGGUAUUGAACUCAAAGGGCCAAAGGUCCAAGGCUCAGGGAGGUAGAGCAACAUCAGGCAAUAGUAAAGAGAAACGGUUCCUCUGCAUAUUCUGUAACAAGGGCUUCAGCUGCCUCCAGAAAGUUGAGAUCCACCAGAGGGUCCACACAGGGGUGAAACCCUAUAGCUGUAACCAGUGUCAUAUGCGCUUCGCUGAGGCUGGCAACCUGAAGAGGCACCAGAGGGUCCACACAGGGGAGAAACCCUUCGGCUGUACCCAGUGUCACAUGCGCUUCACCCAGGCUGGUCACCUGAAGAGACACCAGAGGGUCCACACAGGGGAGAAAUCCUACAGCUGACCCCAUUGUGAGAAGAGAUUCUGUUGCCAGCACCAGCUGAAGAUGCACCUGAAGGGCCACAUGGGCAAAAGGCCGUUCGCAUUUUCAAACACUGCAUUAAAGACAACGAUGAAUUUUCAUUAUUGUCAGCAAAAAAUAUAAUUUGGGGGCCUCCCGAGUGGUGCAGCGGUCUAAGGCACUACAGACCCGGGUUCGAUCCCAGGCUGUG